AUGUGUCCCGGCGCCGACCAUGAGUCAAAUGGGCCUCCCGCCGUCGCGAACGGUGCCAAUGCUACAGGCGAUCAUCCCGGUUUCAUUGGCAUCGAGACCCGCCAGAACCCUCACCCCUCCGCCUCCCGCAACCCCUACGGCCACAACGUCGGCGUGACCGACUUCCUGAGCAAUGUCUCCCGCUUCAAGAUCAUUGAGAGCACUCUCCGCGAGGGUGAGCAGUUCGCCAACGCCUUCUUCGACACCCAGAAGAAGAUCGAGAUCGCCAAGGCUCUCGAUGAGUUCGGUGUUGACUACAUUGAGCUCACCUCUCCCUGCGCUUCCGAGCAGUCCCGUGCCGACUGCGAGGCUAUCUGCAAGCUCGGUCUGAAGGCCAAGAUUCUCACUCAUAUUCGCUGCCACAUGGACGAUGCCCGUGUUGCCGUUGAGACCGGUGUCGACGGAGUAGAUGUCGUCAUUGGUACUUCCUCAUACCUCCGUGAGCACUCCCACGGUAAGGAUAUGACCUACAUCAAGAACGCCGCCAUCGAAGUUAUCGAAUUCGUCAAGUCCAAGGGCAUUGAGAUCCGUUUCUCCUCCGAGGACUCCUUCCGCUCCGACCUCGUCGACUUGCUCUCCAUCUACUCCGCCGUCGACAAGGUCGGUGUCCAGCGUGUCGGUAUCGCCGAUACCGUCGGCUGUGCUUCCCCCCGCCAGGUCUACGAGCUCGUCCGUGUGUUGCGCGGUGUUGUCGGCUGCGACAUCGAGACCCACUUCCACAACGAUACCGGCUGCGCCAUCGCCAACGCCUAUUGUGCCCUCGAGGCCGGUGCCACUCACAUUGACACCUCCGUUUUGGGUAUCGGUGAGCGCAACGGUAUCACCCCUCUGGGUGGUCUGAUGGCCCGCAUGAUGGUCGCCGAUCCCGAGUACGUCAAGGGCAAGUACCGCCUGGACAAGCUCAAGGACAUUGAAGACCUGGUUGCUGAGGCUGUCGAGGUCAACAUUCCCUUCAACAACUACAUCACCGGUUUCUGCGCCUUCACCCACAAGGCCGGUAUCCACGCCAAGGCUAUCCUCAACAACCCCAGCACCUACGAGAUCAUCAACCCCGCCGACUUCGGCAUGACCCGCUACGUCCACUUCGCCUCGCGUCUGACCGGCUGGAACGCCAUCAAGUCUCGUGCACAGCAGCUCAAGAUCGAAUUGACUGACGCCCAGUGCAAGGAAUGCACUGCCAAGAUCAAGGCUCUGGCCGAUAUCCGCCCAAUUGCCGUCGACGAUGCUGACAGCAUUAUCCGCGCUUACCACCGCAACCUCAAGUCCGGCGAGGACAAGCCCCUUCUGGACCUCUCGCCCGAAGAGCAGGCUCAGUUCGCCGUCAAGGAGAAGGAGCUGGCCCAGGCCCAGGCUGCCGGUCUUCCCGUAAAUUAA